CACUGAGUCACUUCGGUGUUCUUUGCUUUGUUAUGUAUCACGCGAGAGUGGGAGGUAUUGUGCUUGAUGGGAAGAAAAUUAAGGAAGGACGUAAACCUCCGUUAUAAAGGAUAUCGCAUGAUGCCAUGUGGUAAGAUUUUGCGUUCGAAAAUUUCGAAAAUAAUACCUUUAUUGUUUCAUUGACAUGUCUGAUUAUUUGCUUCUUAGUGGCUGACGGGUAUUUACAUUUCGAUUUAAAUGUUUGAUAGUCAAAAUCCAGUCUCCGAUUGAAUCAGUAACGAAUUACCUGAAACUGAUCUUUAUAAGGUCUUGUGUUAUUGUAAUAUAAGGGUCGUAUACGGCACCAGACUUUUUGCUGUGAAGAUCGUUGUCAAGAACGCAUAGUCGUUGAGUAAAUUGGAAUGGAGAUAAAUGCAUGUCUAAUCAAAUAAUCAAGCUAGAAUGAAGCUUUUUUAGUACUUGGAACGUCAGUCGGCGCAUUUCCCAAGUUGUUUCAUGUUGUUCUACAGCGGUAAUCGCUUUAUGUAAGUAAUAGUGGAACGCGGUUUACACAGUGCCUAUAAACUUUCCUCAGUCGUCCGUCGGUCAUUCCGUCACACUGGCACUGUACAGCAAUUUAUGUUUGACAUCUUCCGUAAUUUGGUUAUUGUGUUGAUGUGUAUUAAAACCAUUUAAAUUGUUCAAGUUUGCUCCGCUUUACGUAACUGAUUUCAGUAGCUCACAAAAAUCUACCACAAGGUUGUUCCAUUCACACGUCAUUGUGACACGUACAAGCUAGUAAACGAUCGAAAACCUCUGAUAAUUUAGCUAAGUCUCCAGAAUAGAUGGACUCGCACGAUGAGCUAGCGAUGGACAAGUAUGGUUCUUUAAAUGUAUGAAUUUAUUUGCGUUUACAAACCAAAAGACUCAGAACACAUACUGACAAAAUAAAUCUCACUCUCUUGUUAUAACAGCACAUUGAACGAAUUGCAAAGCUGUGGCAGAUCACUUAUGAAACAAAUAAGCUGUGAUUAUUUAAAGCGUUAAAUAUUACAGGAGUUUCUGGUCUGAAGAUUAAAGAAUUCUGAGUGAACGCAAUCAUUGGUGUAAAUAUUGGAGCGCUGUCGCAUUCAAACUGUUAUACGUACAAAAUAUGAAAUGUUUUUCAUGCGCGUGAACUGCGGCAUGAUUUUUGGCCAAUAGAUAUCGUAACGACUGUUGUAAUUGAAUUUUAAAUUUACGACAAUUUUUAAAUUGUACUCAAAAUUACAAAUACAACGUAGAGAAAAUUGUUUUAGUAAUAGCCAUUGAAAGCGUAAAAAAAAAUUAUAACAUUUUGCUAUCUCCCCUCACUCUAACCCAGGAAAACCGGCUCACUGAAUACCACUUUAGCAAAACCUAAGGAUGGGCGCAGCAUGUACAAAAUCGCUAAAACAGAUUACAGGCAGACACGGUUCAGGAACCAUAACCAGGUGAGUUUAAUUACUGAGCGCCAAAUGUUGAAAACCUCUUUUUUUACAGUCACCGGUAAAACUAAAAUGACUUGGUUUGUAUUGUUAGUUUGAAUUCAAAGUGUAAUCAUUCAAAGCUCACAAGACACUAUAUUUUGCUGUAGAAUUUGUUUUCAGAGUUUUAGUUUCUUUACAAAAUAUUCGGCUUGUCAUUUCCUCUUAACGAAUUUUUAACUGAAGUUCCAAGACUCGAUCAUCGAACCCGGCUGCCCUAUAUACAAAAGUAAUUGGUAAGAUUCUCCCGCAGGGUAGAACGACUAUUUGUUUUAGUCUUCGGUUUUGUUUCUCUGCCUUCUUUGCCUUAAAAAUGGUUUUGAACAGUGUAUGCUUUAGGUCAAUGAGAACACAGCCAUCCAGAUAGUAAAAAGAACAAAGAAACAAAAAAAGGGACCAGCAAAAACGCAGUGGUCCACACUACUUAUCUGUGUAACCGUUUCUGAUUUUAAAGCAGUUAUAGUGGAUAGAUCAAUAUUCAACAUUCUUUUAAUUUGUUAACUUCUUUACCUGACCAGGUUUAAAUUCCUUCUUCUGGUUCUGAAACGUCAAUUUAUGAGUUCUAUUAAAUGGAUCUCGAGUUCUAUGUUGACUGCAGUACAUCUAGCUGUUUAGCGCCCAGUAAUAGUGUUUUCUCGCCAACAGAACAGAUGACUCUGCCAUCUCCAGGCCUCUUGAGCGAUCCUUUUUGUCACCAGGCUCUGUUCUAUUUGACGAGCAUUCUGGCCGGGAAUCUACACUUUCCUCGGCAGCUUCCAGAACCAGUUUAAGCCAGUUCCCAGAACUCGCCGAGAGGUACAAGAAAGUCAUGUGCGGAGACCUAGAGCAGAGUUUGACUGCGAAGGCCAAGAUAAUUCGCGUGUUCACCAGCUCUACAUUUACAGGUACGUAUCGUACGUAAGAGGAUUUAGACUGUCAGGAGCUGGGUUUUUCAUCUGUCCCGCAAGCUCAGAUAAGCUGGCAAUUCCCUUACAUUCUCUAAAUUUUUCUCCUUAGAUAUGGCUGCUGAGAGAAACGCUUUGAUGGAAAGAAUCUACCCACGGCUGAAGACAUUUGCACAAGAGAAAGGAUACGAAUUUCAGGUAAGCUUGUUAAACAGCCCGUUCAUUUGAGCCAAAUACAGUUAGCCUUGCUUUAGCAACCACCGUCACAAAGGAAGUCACACUGACGAGGCUCCAUUUGUGAGAUAACUCUAUUAUUAACCCACCUCAAACCUUUUUGAGUAUUUGAGUAAUUACAUAACCACCGAUUGCUCUGAACCCAGUUAUUCCACAAUGUUCACUUUUCAGGUGGUUGAUAUGCGCUGGGGUGUGCGAGAUGAAUCCACCGAUGACCACUCAACAUUGGAGCUCUGUUUAAAGGAACUCAAAGCCUGCCAAGAACUUUCAACUGGCCCUAAUUUCAUGGUAAUACUCCUUGUAUUAUAUUCUUGGUGUGAGGGAUUUUGGCUUAACCGGCGGAGUCAGUUUACUAACAUAUGAUUCUAUUCAACUCUUGCAGACAUUUCUUGGACAGAAGUACGGGUUUCGUCCUCUUCCUUCCAAGAUCGCUUCGGCUGAAUUUGAAGAAAUUUUCAGUAAUAUAACAGACCAGGACGAAAAGACCCUGUUACGAACAUGGUAUAAAUGUGAUCUAAACGAAAUACCUGCUACCUAUGUAUUGCAGCCUGUCAGUUCCCGUAUUCCAGACUACCUCUGUCAUGACGUCGGGAAACGACAACUUGCACUUGAGGAAUGGCAUGGAAUAUUUAGGCAGAUUCAACAUAUUCUUAGGCGAGAGGCUAAAAACCUGUUUGGAGAAGACGGAGAAAAAGUGCACAAGUACUUUAUGUCAGGUACUCACUAUCAGUUAACUGACCUGAGAUAAGUUUUCAUACCUUUAGGUGAUUCAAGAGUUAAUCAUUCACUAUUACACUUCAAAGAAAACAAGCACUUCUUUGCCAGACAAGACCAUACCAGAGACGGUCACCUGAAAGUUUUUACUUUUAUUCAAAAUAUGUUGUCGUUUCUGAUUGGCUCAAAUCCCCCAACUUACUCUUCUUAACCAGCAGGCGCUGACCAAAUUUUGAAGAUGCAAGCGAUAUUACAUAUACCAUCAAUUCGAUGGUAUAAUUGCGUUGAAACGAGCCUGCUUGUGCAAUAGGGAACUGGAAAAAAAAUGACGUUCACGGCUAUAAGACGAAAUAGCCGACUAAAACUGAACGGAAGAAAUGCCGAAAUACGCAAAACAUAUUGCUCCAUGGAUGUUAUCUACUUCUUGAGGACUAUCUGCUAGAAAACGCAUCUGUUUAUAUUCUGAAACCAUGCCGAAAAAUAGGCCAAAGUAUUGAAGAAAGUCUACGAGGAGGUAACCUUGUUAACAGCUUGGAAAUAUUUUGAACAAAUAAUAAAACACUUAAUGAAUUCGGCUUUCGUAUGAUUUCAGGAAUUAUGCUGACAUUCUCCUCGAUCUGCACAAUUCUUUCCAUAAUACUUAGCCUCCGCAGUAAUUGUUAAAUGUCCUACUCUACAGGAAAUACUUUUUUUUCCGAUAUUACCCAUGGUUUGAUUUCACAGCCGGUUUUGUCCUUCUGUUUUCUUUCACAGUAACUGAAAGUGAAAUCCGCCAUGGCGUUCUUUACGAGCCAGAGAACACCUGCUUUUGGAUUAGCAGAAAUAUCCUGGAUCUUAAGGAUCAUUUGCUAGAUGAAAACGCCCAGGCUUUUAUCGACAUUAACUCCAGCACACAAGAAAUCGACAGUGAUGCGCAAGAACUUUUAGAGGUAAAAAUAAGAACACGCUGUUUCUCUCGUAUCAGCUUAGACCCGAGAAAAAGUGUGGACCGUUAUUGGUUAUAAAUUCUCCUGUACUAAUGAGGGACGACCUUGUGCAGGGAAAUCAAUAAACCCAGAACCCAUUUUUUUUUUCAUAAAAAGAUAUAUUAAAAGUAUCACAGAGGAAAAAGAUUUUGUCUGUCGUUUGGUAAUUGGAAGUGUUUAACAAAUUGUUACAUACCUUAAUGUUUGUGUAGAGACUGAAGAAUGAUGUCGUCACGAAGGCUCUGCCAAGAUCAAAUAUAAGAAAGUUUGAGAUUCAUUGGAAUCCACAGGGAAUUUCUUCCUCCAACAAUUACGAGCAUGCUCAGUAUAUCAACAAUUUGUGCAGGGAAGUUGAAUACUUGCUGAAAGAGAAGAUCGCUGAUUCUAUAGACAAACGAGUGAAAGGUGAUGUCAGUGAUCAACUUUAUGAUGAGGUGGUUGAGCACUUGCUGUUUUGUCAAACCAAGUGUAACACGUUUUACGGACGAACGGAAAUCCUUGGUCGAUGCAAAGAGUAUCUUCAGGUGAAAAUUUAUCUUUGAUUUGUAUAGCGGGUUUAAAGUUAAUUAAAAAUUUAUUUGGCUUCUCUGACUGUUGUCAUUGCCCAGAGAGGUACUACAUGUAACCUGUUCUCCAUCCGCAGGAAAACUUGUACGAGAAAGCUAAGGGUUUAAAUCUCACUGGUGGAAUGUGUGAUCAUUUAAGUUUUCAUUUAAAUGCUUUGAAAUAAAAAUAAAAAGCGCACGUAAAUUAUUCUCGAAGCCCAACGAAAAUCACGGCAUAUUUUUACCAAUACUAGGUCUUCUUACCAGUUCCUAAAUUCAGUCUUCCAUAUUUAUGAAGACAAAGGCAUAGCUGAAACAAAAAGUGAGUUUGAGGAUGUUGUGGGAACAACAAAAUCAAGUCAUGGAAGGGUCUUACUACCAAGUUACGAAACAGGUCGAAAAAGCUUAUCCGGUUUAAACGAUUUGCGAAUAACGUUGACAUGUUUACUUAUGCAAAGAAAACGUUUUUAGGAUGACAGAAGCAGUCCUCUUGUAAUUCACGGUCAGUCCGGUUGUGGAAAGACUUCAGUGAUGUCUAUGGUGGCAAAGGACGCAUGGAAUUCUUCAAACCAAUCAAACGUUAUCAUUAGGUACAUCGGGACCACUCCCAAUUCCUCACAAGUUCGUCUACUGCUACACAGGUUGUGUCAACAAAUAUGUAACAUUUAUGGCAGCGAUUCUUCAGCCAUUAGAAAGGUAAUGGGAAAUUUUUUGUGCACUUCUAGGAGUGAAUUAUCCCAUUAAAUGUCGUUUACAAGAUCGGCUACCAUUCUAGCAUUAUCAUGUACAUUUUUAUGUUACCUCCGCAAGGACAAGCAAACCUAAUAUUUCGAACCGACAUCUAUUAAAUAACCUUUAGCCAAUUCAAAAUAAGUCCCCAUGUUGGUUCUUUUAGUCACUUCAAAAACUGAUCAGGUGAUACUAAUCAAUCACAAUGGGACAUCUGAGACGUAUUCAGAGUGUAACGUCAUUAUAUUAUAUUUUACCACUUACAGGACAUGAAAGAGCUUCAGGAAGACUUUAUGAGUUGUCUUCGGUUGGCCAGUCCAGAGAAACCGCUAUUUAUUUUCUUAGAUUCUCUUGAUCAGUUUGGUCCUGAAGACAACGCUAAGCAGCUAACUUGGCUUCCUACCGUACUUCCAAGUCACGUUAAACUUGUAGUUUCAACCUUACCCGACGCUGUGUAUGAGUGCUUUCCAAUUCUGCAGGUGUGUGAUAACGUGCUAUCGAAAAAGCGAAAUAGUUGAAAUAUAGUCAGAUAAAAGUGAAAUAUUUAAAAUAACCAGCGUUAAAUUCUUUGGACGAGUUUUCUUGGGUGAAUCCAAAAGCGGAUCUGUUAUCUGAGAUAAUAUGGAUUCUUAGCUACAAAAUAGCCCACAAGAUUUGUGAAAGGAUCAUUUGCCAUGACAUGAGGGAAAAAAAACAAAUUAAUACCCGGGGUGAAGACGAAAUGCAAAAAAAAAAAAAAAACGAAGAAGAAGAGGGAGAGGAAAACAAAACAAAACAAAACAAAAGAAUUAACACACAAACGUCUGUCAGGAGCUAAAACAAUAGAGUACCACCAACAUAGAUUCAAUGAGAAUGUGAGGCAUGCAAGGCAUUUGUGGACCAAUUUUUGUUAGGAAAACCGCUUGUCAAAAGUGGUUUUUUCAAAUCCUUUUCGAAAAUUCGCUCAGAUGGUGAAUUUGGAUUUGAUUUGAAGAAUCCAGACAAAGUGCGGUUUUAUGGAUUUAACAAUUCGGAUUUGGAUUUCCCCCCAAAAAACGCACCCUUUGUUUCAACAAGUCAUCCUUAUGGGCCAUAAACUAGCAACAAAAGAAAUGAAAAAGGAAUUGCCAUUUCCAGGAGCCUAUUUUCCAACAAUCCAAGUGUUAAAGAUUUGUUUAGUCACUAGAUCCUAUUGUAAGAAGAUAUUUUUUCCUUGUUGUAGUCGUUAUUUCCUGAUGAAAACUUUGUGGAAGUUCCCAAGUUGCCUGAAGAUGAUGCGUUUCGAAUACUGAGCAACUGGUUGAGUAUUGCGGGGAGAGGUCUGUCACCAUCACAGCAAUCCAUUGUCUGCAAUGCUUUGGAAAAGUGUUCCUUGCCAAUAUUUAUCCGGGUGGCAUUUGAUGAAGCCAUAAGAUGGAAGUCCUACUCUUUACCAAACGAAACUGUCCUACAGGAGACAGUGAGGGGUAAGCUGAACAGCUCACCAAGCGAUAUUUUGUAAAAAGCCCAGGAUUAUGACAUAAUGACGGCAAUCAAAGGGACAUGAACGCACUCGAAAUGCAAAAUCAACGACAACAACAAACUACAGCGAUACAAAAAAACACUGAAACCACUAUACCAAUAACUGUUACCUUUUUCGCUUCAACGCUCAUAUUCCUUCAAUGUGACUGCACUCAAAUUGCAUAAAAAGCCUUUUAAAACAAUCGAAAUCCUUUGUUGCCUCUCCUCCUAUUAUUAUUGUAUACUGUAUUUGAAGAAUAUUUUCCAAAAAACAUUGAUUGCAGUAGUAGGGAGUAUUGGAUAGAAAAGAGGGCUUCUAAUAAGGGUAACAUCCACUGUAGAGUGCUGCUUACGCCUUUUUUUCGUUUCUCCGAGUACAACUCUAAGUCUAAUACAACUAUUAUAAAACAAUGUUUCUAGGAGCAGUUAACGCGCUGUUUGAGCGGAUUGAGACGCAGCAUGGGCGAAUAUUAGUGCAACACGUUCUUGCUUACAUCACUGCCUCCAAAAGUGGUCUAACGGGUACAGAAAUAGAGGACUUACUAUCCUGUGACGAUAAGGUCUUGGACGACGUGUAUCAGUACUGGACUCCCCCAAUACGACGCAUACCACCGCUGCUCUGGGUUCGAAUAAAGAGUGACCUGGCCGGUUACUUGGUAGACAGGGGAGCCGAUGGCGCGAGCGUGAUUACGUGGUAUCACAGGCAGUUCAUCGAGGCUGCAAGAGAUCGAUAUCUGUCGACGGAUAAGGAAAGGCAAUUUACACACCGAGCAUUGAGCGAUUAUUUCUUGGGUCUAUGGGCGGAUGGAAGAAAAAAGCCGCACCGAACCAUCAACGGGGAACAUCUGGAGGCUGACCGGUUUGUUUCCAGUCAGCCAUGGACAUUUGAAGGGAGAAAGAAGCUCAAGAACUUCAAUUAUCGCAAGAUAAAUGAAUUGCCUUAUCAUCUCGUACUUUGUAAUGACACGAAAACGCUGAAGCUAGAAGUCUUGUGUAACUUUGAAUUUCUUCUGACUUGUUUGGAAGCAUACUCUCUUCGAGACCUCAUGGACGAUUUCGAUUUUGCCCUGCAGAAAAUCGACGACAAGGACAUUCAACUUGUGAAAGAAACUCUCCAGCUUUCCACAUUUGCUCUUAUUCAACAUCCAGCUCAGUUAUCCACUCAACUUAUUGGGCGUGUCCAAACCCCUGAUUCAGAUGACAUCAAAUCCCUAUUGCAUCAGGCUCAAAACUCAUGGCGACCUUGCUUAUUACCAAGCAGAGUGUGUUUGACCUCACCUGGUGGACCUUUAGUGCACUCCAUGUCUGGACAUGCAAAACCGUCAUCUGCUCUCAGUGUCAGUGCUGACGGAAAACUAAUUGCAAGUGCUUCGGCUGACAAAACCUGUACAAUUUGGGACGUCACAUCGGGAAGACUCUUACGGACUCUUGAAGGAGUAGGUAAGUGACCGAAAGCUAAAUUCAGUCCUUGUAUUCGUAAAAGUAAAAUGGACAAUGUUGAAGUCGAAAGCACAUUACCUGGAGCCAAGAAGCUCUCUUUUCAUUGGCUUUUGAGAACACACCUGGCCUGCUGUAGUUUUUAGGGAUAAGGAAAUUGAUCCCUUGUCUCGUUAGCUUAUUUAAAAAGCCCUUCUUAGAGCCCCAAUUAUCGUAAUUUGUCUCUCUGGUCACUUCGACAGGGUUUACUAUUUUUUCUUACUACUUGAUCCGCUUCAUUUUUUUUUAGGCGAAGAUGUCUGGUUUGUGGUGAUAUCUCCUGACAACUCAAUUGUUGUGACCUCGCGGGUAGGUUCCAUAUCAGUGUGGAGACUUUCAAAUGGUCAGCGAGUGUUUUCCUUGGCCCAAGAUCAAAUGUUUGCCUCACCAGUAUGUAUAGUCGAGAAGGAGAAUCCGAAUUUGCUUGCGACAAUCAUCGCCUCAACUAUCAGACUCUAUGAUCUGCAAAGGGGACAUCUGCUUCGAGAGAUUCAAGACAGAAAGCUAAAAACGUGCAGUCCGAUGAUGUCGACGUUGUGUUUGUGCCCUUUGGAAGAUCAAAGUGUCCUUUACUCAGGGAAAGACAACGUUUCUCGUUCCUCGGAAAAAGGCUGGAUACGAGCGGCACAUUUAGACAGUGGCGAAGUCGUGGAGAUGACACUGGUCAAUUCAAACCAGACUGUGAAUUUUAUCGGAGUUACCAUUACUGGCAUGGUAUUUUUAGCUCUUUCUGAAGGAGCAGCUAACUCAAGAAAGGGGUCAGCCGUGAAAACUACCUUUUUCACACUCGAACUUUGGGACAUUUCUAAUAAGGUUCUAGCUCGUACGCUAGCUGACAUAUCAGACAAAGUGCGGUGCUAUGCGUUAUCGACGAACAAGUCAAAAGCGUUGGCGCUUGGAAACACUAGAUUUUUGCCAAGUGCUAACGUUUUCCGCGCUGAAAUAAAAGUUUUUGAUUUGAUGUCCAGCGAAGUUAUUGAACGAACGCUCACCUAUCCUAGUAGCAUAAAUUUAAUGCAAUUCAUUGGCUCCAAUCACAUCAUCACUGCGUCACGUGACAAGAUUGUUCGAUUGUGGGAUCUGGACAGAAAUAUUCCAUCUUCAAGUGAGGAACAUGACGAAGACGUUGAGGUGGAAAUUGUAGACAUGUAUGGCUAUAAAGCCAUAUGCUGGGAGAAAACCUCUGUUUGUCUUGUAGACCUUCGCGCGGGAGAAUACAUUCGGUUCAUUAAGGGGCUGCUGCCACAAAUGGUGUUUGUCAAUGAUAAUGAAGUCAUCCUUGUGACCGAUGGAAAAAUGCACCUAUUUGAUCUAACCCGGAGGCAAAGAAUUCGUCAAUUUGAUGGCAAUGUAUGGACAUCAGGGUUAACCAACGGUUGUUUCGUGUGCAUGAAGCAUCAUGUUGUAGCGGUAUCUUCUGAUCAGUGUGGUCUUUGUGUUUACGACAUCAACACAGGAAGAAGAACGUCACACAUGCAAUGCAAAGACAUCCGCAGGUCAGUGCAAAUGAUUAAAUGGUUGCUUCAUUAUAAGAGUUUAAAGUGCCUUCGAAAUUCUUCUGAUUUUGUUGAAAAUAUACCAAAGAAACAUUUCAGUGCAAAUUUUUCUCUGCGUGUGCAUGCUCAGUUUGAAUUACCCAUGAGAUCGUAUACAACUGAAAACAACGAAAACAACGUGGUGCACCAAAUAUGGUGUAACAAAUGAAUACUACAUCAUAAACUUUAACAAAAAGCUCGCACUCGAAAGGUCAGCUUUUAAUUUUUCUUCACUGGUAAAUUUUAGUAGUACUCGACCAAAGUAGUCGAUAAAACCAAAUUUUGGUGCAUCUUUCUCUCACUAAAGAGAUUUAAAGUGAACAUUUACCUUAUCAUACGUAAUACAUUACUCAGUUUCUCUACGCUAGAAUAGCCGUUUCAGGUUUGUUUUUGUGACUUUCUCAUGCAGCCACAGUCAAGAACUAACACUUAUGGAGACAGGGCCUUUGCCGUGUGCGCCCCAACGAUUUGGAACUCUCUUCCUUUAAACAGACGUCAUUCCAGCUCUGUUUCAUUAUUUAAGUGGAAUCUCAAAACUUUCCCCUUUAAGCACUUUGUAAAGAGUAAUUGUUUAGUCUUGGCAAGUAUGAUCUCUUGGUCUUAGUUUUUAGCUCAUUCUUAGCUUCACAUUUUAUUCACUUUUUAGCAUAUUCUUAGAUUAAGAAGGUUUUUAGCUUAUUUUUCAUCAUUCUUAGUUUUUACCAUAUUAUUUUUUUACUUGAUUUUAGUCUUUGUGAAGCGCCUUGAGCAGCUAAUGGAUGUGCUCGCCACGUAAAUGCACAGUUAUUAUUAUUAAUUAUUACUAGGGUAUCUAAAAGAUAGUAAUGCUGCGGCACAUUCUGUUGAUACUGGCAUUAGUUAGGCAGUGAGAAUUAAAAGAAUCGAAAAUGACAUUGAAUGUCCUAUUUACAUGUAUAAUUACUAUCAGUCUAUAGAAAGAACUCGUGGGAACGUUGCUUAGAAAAUGAUCAAGUGGUUAUCAACUCUGGUUUUCCCACAGUAAAUUGUAGGAAAUAAUAGAAAUUCAGAUUGUUUAUCAAUAUAUUUAAUAUACGGUGCACGAUAUUUUCUCUGGAAACACAAUACUUUUCUUGCUGUUUGUUGCACUUUAUUAAGUAACAGUUAUUUAGCUAUAUAUUUGUAGAAAACAACAACACAAAAAAUGGAAAAAAAAAAAGAAAGAAGGAAUGAAUAGUUCGGUAGGACUCGAACCCUGCACCUUCGGCUCGACGCCAUUACACCUAACCACUACACCACAGAGGCUGAAUACGUAAUCAUUAGGAAAAGUCUUUCAUCUUAUUCCUUUUCCACGAAACUUCCGCCGGCAAGAUCAUAGCCAGCCGCAUUAACCGAGCUAUUAACAGUGAAAAAACAGUGUAAACGCAUAUUCCAUGGCAAUGAAUGAAUGAAAGAACAUAAUUAUGCUUUUCAAAACGCCGAUACACGUCCUCGCCUGCAAAGUAGGACACAAAACAUAUAUUUUGUUAUCUCGAUUUCCGCUGUUAUUUUGAAGCGAAUGGUCAAAAUCAGAUCCAUUUUCGGCUCAUACAGUUUCUUAAGAAUAGCAUUGCAUGACAUUUUCUCACUUUCACAUCACCUUCUAGCAAGCUGGAAUUUGUAUAUCCCCCGUGUUGCGGAGUCGAAGAGCAAAUGCUCAUCUUCUCGUCAGGUUUAACACCUGGACGAGUCAAAGGCUCUUGAAUUGAAAUCCAAUCCCCAAGUUAACCAUCGUACUCAUCUGAAAGACUCCUGCGUGUCUUAAAAUUUGGUAAGACCUCUAAAAUUUGCCACAAAGAAAACUCUAAGUCUGAGCAGCGAACGAUGCACUUUCUCACCCACCGAACUUCCCCGUGUUUUUAUUUGAGUUGUUCGUGGCACAAUGCACUCUGGUUAAAUACAAUGCAUUGUGGUAAAAAGUGAUGAAUUCGAGAAUUCGUCGCCCCUUAUAUAUUUGCUUUAAAUCCUGAUUAUGUUGCUGCUCGCUCCCUUCGGUCGCUCCGCAGCAAUAAUAAUUAAUAACAAAUAAAAAUGGUAAUAGGACUAAGUGGAAUCCAAUUCCGUCUGUAAUCAUACGAGUGUUACACACACUACGCGGGAGUCCGAUUUGUUUAAUCACGAGUAUGAUCGUACAGAUCGAAUUAGACGACACGAAGUUUUGUUACCAAUUAAUCAUAACUAUAACAAAAUUUGUGAUAUUUUAGACUUUUGUCUAAUUAAAACAAGAAAUUCCGAGAGUUUUUUGGCUUGCAGUGAAAAAAGCCAGUUAAGUGCGCGCCUGCGAUGCGCGUACUCUUCUAUUACACUGUUCUAUUAGUGCUGAAAUCAGGACAGUUGAUAGCCAAUCAGAUUUGAGAAUUUUGUGAUAGUUAUGAUGAUGAUGAUGAUAAUAAUAAUAAUAAUAAUAAUAAUAAUAAUAAUAAUAAUAAUAAUAAUAAUAAUAAUAAUAAAUAUGAAAUUGACUUGUAAAUAUCACCUAGAAUGCUCUUCACAAAACUGAACUUUGCAAUUGCCGAGUUAAACUUCUAAUUGCUAUGUUUUGAAAUUGGAAAUGAAAAUGCCACCAUUAAUAACUGAUGACUAUGAAUGAACAAAAUCAGUGAAAAAUUAAUAAACUGAGAAGAUGAUUAAAAAAUGACAAAGAUAAUUUGUUCCUAGGGCUUUCGGUAGUCUGAGAAAAGUGAUGAGGUAGCAUUCUAUAUACAUUUUCCAAGGGCGGGGAAUGUUACGGGAACACUUCGUGCAGCUAAUUCGCAGUAUUCUUAAAUCACGGGCUCACUUAUUAUCAACGAUCUCAGCAUAUUUUGGCAAUCCUGUUUCAGACUUGUGCACACUGGGAAUGGUGACAUGUGCGUUUGCGGGCACAGGAUGGUUAACGAGGAAGACCCAGAGAAAGUACGGUCCUACUACUCUGUUUGGAAUCUGAGUCAGAGCAAGUGCAUUCAACAAAUUGUUUUAGAGACUGCAGAAGCAGACUUCAAUGGUGAGUAUUCAAUAUCAGUUCAAUGGUGCUCAUUUAACGGUAUCGUGCAUACACCAUGUACAUGUACAUUUUAGUGUACCAUAGCAAGAGCGGAUAUCUUCCUUUACUUUUUCAUUAUAUUGUACUUUUAAAUUAAAAUUUUAAAUUGUAUUGCUUUUUAAGAAGACCCCUAUAUAGUGGGGGUUCAUUGGGCUGCCGACUACAUGAUGCAGUGGUUUAUUAUUUUGGGAAGUAUACACUUUAAUCAUACUUUUUACAAGCUUUAGUCCACAGCUACUCCCAACCUAGAGAUUAGCCUUUUGAAGCAAAAAACGAUUGGGAUUAUUGUUAACUGGGACACUAAAUCAGCCCCAUCCAUCUGCCACCAAAUGUAGCAUGACAGUACUAACGUGAAUUAUCUGAUCUAACCGGAGAUUCCAAAAAAUAUUGUGGUUCUACCGUUAUAAAAUGUGACAGGGCCAAUUUUGGUUUUUUAAAUACAGUACUUUUUUUAAACGGUACUGAAUUUCUGUUUCUCAAAAAUCGCCAUACCAGCAAAUUAAGUUUCAGUUUUAUUUCGGUCGGAUAUUGCAUUUAAAGCGAUCUACAAAUGGCAUAUUCCUUUCUUGUAAGGAAAGAUUUUUCACACGCAGGAAGGGAAUUGCAACAAGUUAAAGCUUUUCGCGUGGGCACCGUGGGAGGGCAUUGUUUCUGCAGAUCCUGCAAGCACAGGCUCACAACAUCAAUGAAUACUGUAUUUAGAUAAUUAUUCGCCGUUUUCAUAGGGCCAAGACUCCAUGCAAUAAUUUUGUGUUCGUUCCAAAUCGACUUCCAAAUCUGUUCGCUGACGAGCUGAAAUGACCCAUCCCGUCACCGCAAAAAUCGGUUCCAUUGAAGGUGGAAUGGGACACGCAUAGUCUGCGUUGCAGCCGGCCUACGCACUCGUCUAAACCAUUAAUAUAGACAGAAGGUUUAGAGUGUCUGCGACGCAAGCAAGAUACGCAAAGCCCUCUGAAAGUUGCGUCCGCUAUUUUGUCUUUUCAUGACAUGGGAAGAAUUUGCGUCUCAUUCCUUGAUUGGUCAUUGUACUCACAGUCAGCCCAAUAAAAAGAAAAGAAACCUUUAUCAAGAGGUCAAGAGUUACAUUUAAAUCAUGUCUAUUUUCUGCUGCGUCAUAGACUUUAUAUAUAUCACCGAAAUCGAAUUAAGGAACAAAGGUAUUGGACUGCAGUCUUUCUUUUUUUCUUUAGCAUGACAUUACUAACGUGAAUUAUCUGAUCUAACCGGAGAUUCCAAAAAAUAUUGUCCUUCUACCCUUAUAAAAUGUGACAGGGCCAAUUUUGGUGUUUUAAAUACAGUACUUUUUUCAAACGGUACUGAAUUUCUGUUUCUCAAAAAUCGCCAUACCGGCAAAUUAAGUUUCAGUUUUAUUUUGGUCGGAUAUUGCAUUUAAAGCGAUCUACAAAUAGCAUAUUCCUUUCUUGUAAGGAAAGAGUUUUCACACGCAGGAAUGGAAUUGCAACAAGUUAAAGCUUUUCGCGUGGGGACCGUGGGAGGGCAUAGAUUCUGCAGAUCCCGCAAGCACAGGCUGACAACAUCAACGAAUACUGUAUUUAGAUAAUUAUUUAUAUAUGUCACCGAAAUCGAAUUAAGGAACCGAGGUAUUGGACUGCAGUCUUUCUUUUUUUCUGUAGCAUGACAGUACUAACGUGAAUUAUCUGAUCUAACCGGGGAUUCCAAAAAAUAUUGUCCUUCUACCCUUAUAAAAUGUGACAGGGCCAAAUUAAGGUAUUGGACUGCAGUCUUUCUUUUUUUCUCCGCCCAUUGUGCUGGUUGUAACAUUUUUGUGAUAUGAAUAUUGCCAUAAAUACAUCUUUUUGAAUAGUGUAUUGUUUACUUACAGUUUGAACAAAAAAAAGAUCUCCUUUAGCUCUAAAACUGGGUGAGUAACUAGGUGGGUCUAAUUCUCCUCCUCAAUAAGGACCAAUACAGUCCAAAUAGGGCUGAUUUGGACUUACGGGCUGAAAUGAGUCCCAUGGGAGAUAGAAAAGGCAUUUGAUGGGGCGUUUUUGGCUUAGAUUGUGCACAAAUGGCUUAAACGGGAGGCUGAAUCAGACUUUGGCCUGUCUGGUUAAAAAGGCCAUUUGCACUAAGCGGUCAUGUGACAUCAUUGUAAUGAAAUUUAUAAAAGUUAUAUGAUUUUGCCUUCAAAAAACCAUUAGUGGGUCAUAUCUUAAACAAAAUAAUGGUGAUUUAGUUUUCAAACCCGCACCAAUUUCUUAAAAUGAGUCAGUUCGUAGCUGGGCACGUGACCAAUACAAAUCAUACUACUUUGUGGAAAAAUCAAAUUGCCAUAAAAUAUCUCCCUUAAAUGCGUUUCCUCUCAAAUUUUGGGUGUAAGAUAAUUUUAUGCCCUCAGUCCAUUUUUGGCAUCAGCAAGAUUCCAGCUCAUUGUUUAAAGGAAGCAUUGGUCACUUGACUUCUUAGUGAGAGUGGCCUAUUGCCACUUUGGGCCUCAAACGGACUUUUUCCAUUUACAGUGCAUGGCUUGAUCUGGUGAUACUCACUUAUUCUCUUAACUCUUAUUACUUUUCAAGAGAUGCAAUUGGCAAAAGAUGGAAGUUUUCUAUCGGACAUUGUUUAUGACCUCAGUAUGAAAAUCUACCGAGCUGUGGUGUAUGAUCCGAAGACAGGAAAACGUAUUUUCAUCUCGGAAACGAAGUACCAAGUCCAUUCCGCAGCUAUCGUUUCAGAAACAGGAAACCUGAUCUUAGGCUUGUUUGAUGGAACAAUACAACUCUUUGACUUGGCGACUGGAGAGUUCUUACACAAGAUCAGUCAUGCACAUCUGGGGGCAGUCCAUCGAAUCUACACCACCGAUGAUGGUACGGUUGCUAUGACAACGGCAGGGGGAUUGGACUCUAAGGAUCGCUCUAUACGGUUCUGGAGACUGCAAAGUAAUAGGAUAGCUCUUUUAACCGUGUUUACUCCUGAUGCGAAAGUAUCGUCCAUGAACCUGUCGGGUGAUGGACACCUUGUGGCUCUGGAAAUAACCGACGUUGUUCCUUUUGUUCUUGUGGGAGACAGCAGCAGGAAGGAACUAAAGCAACUCAGUAACACGGACGAAUUUAUUUGUAGCUACGUUGUAGACUUGCAGGACUUCGAGGUUAAGCUUCCGUAGUUCUAUUGUAACUGUCCAAAAUUGUACAUUGGAAUUUUUUAUACUGCUUCUAAGAAUUACUAACUUAAUAUCGUGAUUAUCUUCAACACGAUAGCGUACCACCAAACCAAAUCAUUUAAAAAGCGUUUCACCAAUGACAUGGCAAUAUUAUAGGUUACGGUAAAGAGGGGC